AUGUUUGUUAUUGAAUCACCAUUUUCCUUAACCACGUGCACAUUAUUCAGUCUGUUCAUAAUGUGCACUAUUUUGACCAACUGUUGCUUCAUGGCCAUGUCGGAACCAGAGUAUUGGGCCAAGUAUGUAGAGUACACUUUCACUGGCAUUUACACGUUUGAAUCGUUGAUAAAGAUUCUGGCGAGGGGAUUCUGUGUGGGGCCAUUUACCUUCCUGCGGGACCCUUGGAACUGGCUGGAUUUCAGUGUGAUUGUCAUGGCGUUGCUAACCGAGUCUGUUAAAGUAGGCAAUCUCCAAGCACUUCGAACAUUCAGGGUACUCAGAGCAUUGAAAACUAUUUCGGUAAUCCCAGGCCUGAAGACCAUCGUGGGUGCGCUGAUCCAGUCGGUGAAGAAGCUUGCGGACGUGAUGAUCCUGACCGUUUUCUGCCUCAGUGUGUUCGCCCUCAUCGGCCUGCAGCUCUUCAUGGGUAACCUGCGACAGAAGUGCGUACGCAGCACGGCGCACUGCGUCAACAACACCCUCAACACCAACACAACCUUUUUCUGCAACAACCGGACGUGGUCCUCACUCAAAGACUUUAUUGCAGACGAAG